AUGAUGGCCCUUCCAUCUGGAUGCAGUAGAUGCGAGGAAAGUAUCAAGACCUGGCUUGCCGACGUCGUCGCGAACGACGACCCCGAUAACCCCAACGAUCUCGCCGCUCCUGUCGCGGCCUCUCAGACUGGUCCUGCUAUCCAUGCUGGCGUUCACUUCAACACCGACCAUCAUCGCAUCAUUUCCGACAUCUCCCCCAAACCGAUCAUCCACAAUACCCUCACAUGCAAUCGCGCAUCUCAUGGUCGCAAACGUGGCCUCCCUUUGACACCAACUUCGUCCGACAAGAUGGCGUCGCCGAUAAAAAGGCAGCGAGCGAGCGCUUCUUCGACGUCAUCAGAUGGAUCGGUCAUCGACCUACAAGAAUUGACGCCUCGCCCUGUCAAGUCUCACCGCUCAGACCCUCGACCCGGCCGCCUCACCCGAGCAUCUUCCACCCGAAGCGGCGCCAGCUCGUCGCGUGCCUCGCCCAAGAAGCACCUGGCCUACAGGCAGUACAAGACGGCGCCCAUCACGGUUCGUCAGUAUUGGCCCAACGAAGAGAGCGUUCCCUGUUCAUUGCACGAGAUGUGGGGGAAACUGGCGAGGUUCAACAAGGGCGCCAACGUGAUAUCUAUGAGGAAGAAAGCCGAGAUCGACGCUGCCGCGGAUUCGUUGCUUAGGAGACAAACAAUCGAGAGGUGGUACUACGAUGACGCCCCGGCCCGAGACGACAUCGGCGAGUCGCCGUCUGUUGCGCAGGUCAUGAGCAUAUUGGAGAAUGCCAGGUUUUGUUCCGAUGAGGGCUACUGCGAAGCUUCGUGGAACCAAGUCGUGCACGGCGAGGUGUUGCAACUGGCGGUGCCAUUGCUAGCUCGAGGGUCUGAGGGGAAAGUGUCAUACAUACCAUGUCCGACCGCUAAGAUCAUCGAUUGCUAUGUUGACACCAGAGGAUCCUCCCGCAAGGUCGACUAUUGCAUGCUCAUCAACCCCGAGGCGCCGUUUGCGAGCGCGAUCCAGGAACUCCAGUAUCGGGAUGAUCUGUCCAGUCAAUCAAUCAAUCAUACCAGCUACCAGCCCUUGCGCCGUAGACCCAUUGGACUGAGCAUCGAGACCAAGGGUCAUGACGAAGGACUCAUUGAUGCCAAAACACAACUUCUGAUCUGGUUUGAGGCUCAGUGGGAGGUCCUCGAACGGCUUGCCAAGCAGAACGAACCCCCUCAGCCUUUGCCAGAGUUCUUACCCGGCGUAAUCGUCGAGGGGCACAAGUGGUAUUUCGUAGCCAGCACUCGCAAUGGCACCGAAACGGUCUGCACCUCUCUUCGUGUUGGAAGCAUAUAA